CAUAACAAAAAUCGGAUUGUAAAAUCUCUAAAAAUAAAUGCAAAACUAGCUGCGAGCGACAGUGUCCAAAUUGGAAAUGAACCAUUUGAAAGAAAUAAAUAAUGAAGGAAUGAUGUGUUUUUAAAACAGAUAUAAUGCUGAAUACAGUCCUUUUUCCCUUUCAGUUCUUUUUGAGGUUUGGGUUGGUUAUAAAAGAAGGAAGAAUUUGCAACAUCUGAACUACGGGUAACCUUGUACGUGUGUAAACAAUCACGUCGUUAGUUACCGCGCAAAAAUGCCCUCUUGAAAACUGUAAAUUGAUAUUUUAUUUUGCUUGUGGUAUCGGAUACCUAGUAAUAAUUGCCAACUCAAAACAGAAGGUAGUUGACAUGAGGCGUAUUCAAACUCACUACGAAAAAAAUUUAAUCCGUGAACAUUGCUGUUGACCUUAUCCAAAUCUUCAGCUGACCUGGAGUAAUGGUCUCUUUUUGCUUCAAACGCUCGGAAUCUCGCCGACAAGACACGUCCCCAUAAUAGUAUGUGAUUUUUGGACACUCAGGAAACACAGGAUCACGCAGGGUAGACGACAAAGCGAAACGUACCAACCAAGAUUUGGAAAUGUUUCGGAAGAUGUUUUUCCUCGUCUUCUUUUUUCUUGGCAUGCUGUGGGUAACACAAGCCUCGCAAAGUCUUAAGCCGCCUCGUUACCUUGUGGGUUACGUAACUGGUGACACAAGUGUGAAAUUGGCCUGGGAAGUAGCUUCGCCAUCAAACAAGACUGUUUUCGAGAUAAGAUGGAAGAAUGGCCAUAAUGAAUCGUCCAUGGUGGUUUCUGGUACCACUGGUACUGUCACUAUUCAUGAUCUCAGAGUUUACACGAAAUAUUUUUUUCGCGUACGGAAAGGUUUCAUGAAUGGAACUUGGGGCGGAUUCACAAAGUACAGAUCUAUCUGGACUCCAGAGGGAGUACCCAGGGCUGCUCCAGCUAACGUGACAGCCUACAACACAAGCUCUGUGGGUAUUAUCGUAUUCUGGGAGCAGAUUCCCAGGCCCCACCGACAUGGGAACGUGAUCGGCUUCAAAGUCUGCUACAAACGAGCCGAUAAGAACGACAGUGUUCUGUACUGUACAGCGGUGUUUGCCUUGGGGAUAGAGCUGGGCGGUUUACGUUCCUACACACCCUACUGGAUCACAGUGCUGGGUUUCACCAACAAGGGUGAUGGACCUAGCAGUCGGCCACUGUUGGUGUGGACCGAUGAGUUUGUUCCUUCAGUUGCUCCUCGUAUUACAUCUCUGACGGCCAAUUACACAGCUAUCAGGGUAGCCUGGGCACCAAUACCUCAAGAACACGUCAACGGAAUCCUUCGAGGUUAUUACGUCAUCUACUGGAAGAUGCCUCGGGUGUCCCAUGAUAACCGCAUCAUUCAAGUCAACCAAUCAACUCUCAGCAUAGUCAUCGUAGGACUCAAACAGAACACUACGUAUGGGGUGCGGCUGACGGGGUUCACUCGUAUCAGGGGCUGGAUAAGGAACGGUGUUCUUGGCCGCGUGCAUAAUAUCACUACAAAGCAUGUUCCAGAGGCUCCACAAAACGUCAAUGUGUUCAGUCCUUGUUCAACCUGUUUGACGGUGACGUGGGAUCCAGUUUACACAUCUCCAACCGAUACUUUAACAGCUUAUCACGUGGUGUACAAAGACGCUUCAGGGAAGGCUUACACGAAGAAGAUAGGGUCCAGAAAGUCAAUCGUGCAGUUGACAAGUCUCGAAAAAUUCUCCACUUACACGGUGACAGUAACAUCUAUGACACAUGAGGGACUGGGAGAAACUAGUUCGGCAGUUACGGUCACUACUAUGGAAGAUGUUCCCAGUCGCGCUCCAGACUCGCUGCAGGCCAGGAGCACUGGGACUCGCAGUAUCUUGAUCGAAUGGAGUCCAGUCCCUGAGAAGUAUGUCCAUGGUAUUUUAAGAGGCUAUCACGUGUAUUACAGGACUGGGAGGUCAAAGGUCAAACGCUCAACCAACCAUGUUGGAGCCCUAUCAGUCAAUACAUCGGGUCAGAGUCUAGAAAUCAAAGCUUUAGAACCAUUUACGUCUUAUGAUGUUUGGGUGUCUGCAUUCACUGUUAUGGGCAGCGGUCCCUCCAGUAGUCCAGUGACAGUCACAACUGAUGAAGAUGUGCCAUCACGUGCCCCCCGACUUCUUCAAGUGUACGCCAAAACUUCCAACUCAGUGUUCGUGCAGUGGGAACCCAUUCCAAAACACCAUGUGAAAGGAAUACUACAGGGAUAUCACGUGCACUACAGCCAGGAAGACACGAGCUAUCCCGUCAUCAAGAACGUGAUGACUGUAAAUGGAUCUGUGACGCAUGUUACUUUGGACAGCAUGAAACCGCUGACGAGGUAUCGCGUUUGGAUCACGGGCUUUACAAGAAAGGGCGUUGGCCCCAAUAGCGAAAAGGAGUUUGUUUCCACUCCCCAACCAGUUCCAAACAGUCCUGAAGGAGUCCACGUAGUUAUAGAAAGCCCACAGAGUGUGCGUGUCACUUGGCGGUCGCACCCAGGCCUCAAGGGGCUCGUGACGCGUUAUAUGGUAAAGUGGCUUCAUGUGGGUAACCCCGCUGACUCUAAUGUGGAUGGUCAUAAGAUCGUGAAUGCUGGAAACCCGUACCGCAGAGAAACUCAAGUUGGUGGACUGAAGCCUUAUAACAUGUACUCGUUCAUGGUGCGAGAGGAGGUUGGGCAGGACAACUGGGGCAAAUUUUCUGCUCAUGUGGAUAUUAUUAUGCCAGAAGAUGUUCCCUCUCCUCCACGCAGGAUUUCAGUGAAGCAGAAGGAGAAAUCUCGUCUAGUUCUUCAAUGGAGAAAACCGGAAGAAACAAACGGCAUCAUCAAAAAAUACGUACUUCACUUUCGCGAUAGCGACGGAGUUACUAAAACUUAUACCUUGCACUCUGACGUCGACAAAGAGUAUGUGACAUAUGAGGUGACUCUUCCUGAUGUCGAGGCUGAGUACAAGAUAAAAGUACAAGCAUUCAACUCAUUAUCGGGACAGAUGAGCGAUGAGAUUACGGUUCAACACUCGCCCAACAUUCAGACAUCGGAAGGUCGUAAACCUAACAAUAUCAAGUUCAAGUUUAUAUGGCUUGUCGCUGGACUGGCUACUGUUGUUUUACUUCUGGUGUUGGUCACUAUAUUUGUCCUUGUUAGACGAGAAUCACGACGCUCGAAAAAUCAUGCUGACAUUCAUAAACGUACAUUGUCCAUCGUAUCACAGAGCGCUCGCCCCAGGCGACCAGUUCCUGUUAAGGAGCUUGUAGAACACUGUGCUCGUUUCCAUGACAACAACAACGCCUUAUUUAACGACGAGUUUAGGUGCCUUGAUCUUCUCACCUGGAAAUCGACUUGGGAAGCCAGUCAGGAUGCGCAUAACAGAAGCAAGAAUCGCUAUUGUAACAUAGUGGCAUAUGAUCAUAGUCGUGUUGUGCUCACAGGCAAAAGAGAGACUCCCGGGUCAGACUACAUCAACGCUAAUUAUGUAGAUGGAUACAGUUUCCCAGCUAAGUACAUCGCAACCCAAGGUCCCUUGAAGGAAACAGUCAACGAUUUCUGGCGGAUGAUUUGGGAAAAGAAUGUUAAAACGAUAGUUACGAUUGAAAUGCAGGGAAGAGACGAAGAUGCAGCGAGCGAGAAGUACUGGCACGAGUCAGAACCGACAGCGUACGGUCACGUGGUUGUAUCAGUGCUUAGUAGCAUGCUUAUGACUGAUUGGACUACCAGGGAAUUUAUUAUUUGGUCAACAGAUCCCAAUAACAUGGAUAAACGAGAGGUCACUCAGUAUCACUUCAGCUCAUGGCCUGAUCACUGUGUCCCGCGGGACACUGCAGCGUUCUUGAUGUUUCAUCACAAGUUGAAGGCAACUCUGGUUAUUGAUCCUGGACCCGUUGUCGUUCAUUGCAGUGCCGGUGUUGGACGAACGGGCUGCUUUAUUGCAAUUGACUCGCUCAUGGAGCAAAUGGAAACUGAGAGGGUAGUAGACGUGUAUGGAUUUGUGGCACAAAUGAGGAAACAGAGAAACUACAUGGUUCAAACAGAGGAGCAAUAUCGAUUUAUCUAUGACGUUCUUAGAGACGCAUGUGUUUGUGGUGAGACUACGAUCCCGUCAAGUGAACUGGUCAGCGUGUUGCUAGGCGUUACUGGGGAUGAGCCGGAAGUCGUCGCUCAAAGAGCAAAUGAGUUUGAGAAUCUUCAAGACUAUUCUACCAACCCAGCCCUCUUCAGAGAAGCAUUAGUUCGAGAAAACGUUGUGAAAAACCGAUGUCCAGAGAUAUUGCCAUUUAAUCACAACAGAGUUUGUCUAAAGACGACCGGAGACGAAGCUUGUUCAGAUUACAUCAACGCCAGCUUUAUUGAUAGUUACAACGAAGGCAGUUCCUACAUCGCCACUCAGGGGCCAAUGGCAAGCACUGUGAACGACUUUUGGCGCAUGGUGUGGGAACAGCGGUCAACCAUAGUGGUCAUGCUCACUGAUCUCCAAGAAAAUGGGGCGGAACAAAGUGUUCGGUACUGGCCGGAAGAAGGUUGUGCCAAAUAUGGAAAACUUCGGGUGACGAAGAUUGACGAGGAGAUUCUCGAAGACCACACCCAAAGAGUCUUUAAACUAAGGCGUCAUGGGAGUGACGAAAGUCUUGUACUGUACCACUUUCAAUGCCACGGCUGGAAGGAGAAUGGGCUGACUCGGGCCGAGAGCCUUGUAUACCUUCAACAGCAGGUUCACAAGGUGGAGCCUGGGGAGCACAGGGGACCAAUCAUAGUGCACUGCAGCAAUGGUGAUGGCCGCACAGGAGUGUUUCUGAGCCUGUGUUUGAGUAUCGAGAGACUGGAUACUGAGGAUACUGUAGACAUAUUCCAAACUGUCAGGUGGCUUAGAUCACAGAGAGCUGGACUGGUGUCUAACGCGGAUCAGUACAACUUCUGUUAUGAGCUUAUAAAGAGCUACAUGGCCUGGAGGACCAGAGCAACCAUCAAGAAUGUCUAUAGCUAUGUCUAAAAACGGUCAGCUACCAAAGAGACGGAUCAGUCAUAUGAGAGGACUAACUUAUCUGAGUUUACUCAGUGUUAUACACUGACUAUACCAUUAACAUAGCUUAACAAUAUAGAGCGUAAGGUCAGGAAACGUUGGAAUAUUGCGCAUGAUGUUGCAAGCAACGACUGAAAUCAACCUCGGUUUAUUUUCCCUAGAAACUUGAUAGCCCCGUCAGCAAAAUUGCGCACAGUAUUUCAGUGUUUAUUGCAGACAAUAUUGGGUAAUGUUACAACGUGUGCCUUUAGAUAGACUACGAGUAGUCCCUCUUUCGCUUAGUCCGUCGAACGAGACCGUAAAUAAACCGCGAGUAAAAAGUGGUCGCGUGAAAUCCUGCUUCUCGCGCCAGGGAUUUCGCGCGACCAUUUGUUUUUUUCGCAGAUUUCCUUCGCGUCACGCACGACGGACUAAGCGAAAGAGGGACUACUCGUAGUCUAGCCUUUGAGAAGACUUAUCAAUAUCACUGCACAGCUAAACGAAUUGAGGACGACAUGUCCCAAGAGUAAACCGUUUCAGAUUAUAUCAUAUUUUAUUAAAGUAAGUAAACGCAACGUAACUUGGAACAAUUGUGGCAUAUUUUAUUUCCAUAGUGACGAAUUUAGUUCCUGGUUAAAACAGACAGUAGGUUUCCUUUAUCAGUUCUGUUUAAGUUAUAUAAGAUAAUUUAUUUUGGGCGAGCGGUUGUUUAUUUUAACUUAUGCAGUGCUUACCUCAGCAAACACCAUCCACGUUUAAAAAGAUGAUUAAAAUAAUUCAUAGCAAUAAGAUAUUCGAUAAGAAGUUCACCUACAUCAGACGUAGAGAUUCACAUACUGUGAAGAGAAAACACUCGUUCGUUUCUAUAGCACAUAAGUUUAAGAGCAAAUUGCAUUAGAAUGUAUUCCUAGAUAGGUACCGAAGAAGUCUCCGUUUUUUGUUUGGCCAGGCGUUCAAAGUGCUUAAGAUAUAUCGCACUGCUGAUUCAUACGAGAGCUGGUUUAUUCACUCAAAACAAAACAACGCUACUAAUUUAUGAAGGGGGGUCUUAAUAAGGAACAGUGUUCAUAGAAGCUUAAUGACUACUAUUUGGAGUUUAAAACUUUCCAAACAGAGUCAUAGAAACUGUUAUAGCACUUAUAGGCUACUUUAGUCAGUUGUAUUUGUUAUAAAUUUAUAUUAGUUUCAUUGUUGAUUUUGAAUUCACCGUCGAUCAGAUAGGUCAAACUGAACUGAUUAUUGUUUUUAUUUUUCCUAUACGGGAGAUCCAGUUUUAGCAUCACAUUUGAAGCUUACAGUCAAAACAUGUUGCAAAUUUUCCAUUUGUACAAUCUGCUAUGCAGGUCUAUGCCAUUCAAAAUCGACUCUAAAUUCCUUUCCGUGAAUUUUCAAUGUGGUCUCCACACCGAAUACUGGCAGCCUCAAAUGGAUUUCUUGUAAAUAUUUUACCAUGGUCUCAGAGGUUUCUUUCUUCUUUCUGCUACUUAAAGGAGCUUCGUCACGGUUUGCGCUUGUUACAAAGUAUAGCCGAAGCUCUUCGUUUGUAAUCCGUGUCAAUCUUCUUCAUCCUAAGCCAGCCUUGUUCCCUUAUGGUUUAUUAUUAUCUCUUUGGUGUUUUUCUAUCUUAGUAAACUACUAUUUUCAGGUUCCCUUCAAUUUAAGGGUAAUUUUCUACGUGGCCAAAAUAACUCAAGAUGCCGUGUCUGAGCUCCUUUAGUGAAAAAUCCGUCCUAGAGGUCAAAUCAGGCGAGCGUAGAAACGUUUUCUUGUUUUGGACUGCUCACGUUAGUAAAACCUGUGACAGUCAAGCUUUAACGCACGGGUCCGUCACAGAUCUGACUACACUUUUCUUUUUUAAAAAAUAAGAAUGUUUAUUUUUUAUGCCUAGACUGGAUAUUCUUAUUUUUCUGCCGAAAUUAGGCUGAAAAUUUUCUUGUGUACAUUCUUAGAUCAAUUAGAUUACUGAGUAUGGUACAUGUUUGUGACCUGGAAUUGAACUAUCAAAUACGACUGUAUGGUGUCUGUACCGUGUUAUAAUGCGUUCAUGCUUUAUCGCUUUACCUUAUACGUAGUUUUUAUCUUUUUUUUGGCGCAUUACGUCAAAAAUAGGAAAGAAUUUACUACACUUUUCAAUGGUAAAAUAAAGUUCAUUUUAAACAUUA